AUGGACUUCCAGGGGCAGAAAUUGGCAGAGCAGCUCUGUCUAUACAUCAUAUGCAUCGCUGGGGCGGUGGCAUUCGCGCUGGGAUGGGUGCAGGGCAGCUUCGCGCUGAUGAUGAAGGUUUAUGGGAGCGGCGUGGCGGUGGCGAUGGUGGCCUGCGUGCCAGACUGGCCCUGGUUCAACCGGCAUCCACUCAAGUGGCUGCCAAAAUCCCCUCAGCCACUUGAGCAGAAAUCUGCAGGGCAGUCAACCACAUCUCAGCAACGAAAGACAAGAUGA